AGUCAUAGGCUACUGAGAGUUUCGCACAAACUCUCCAGGUUUUUUCAGUGAGACUCCUGCAGCACUCUUGAGCGAGAGGGGCGUCCUUCACCUCCCUGCCCCCUCUGCCGCCCUGGUGGCUAGUGGCUGCCAGCUGCAAGCUUCGAGCCUCCAUCCUCCUCCAGUCAGCAGUCAGCUCCGAGAUGCAGUCUGUGCAACUCUCCCUUCUAUUGGCCGCCUCGGCGUGUCUCCAACUCGCUUCAGCAGUGCCGGUUCUGAACGCACCCUCCUGUCCGGAGGCGUACGGCGUGCAGACCUACGCGCACCCCGAGGCCUGCGACCACUUCUUCCUCUGCACCAACGGCACCCUCACCCUCGAGCAGUGCGAGAACGGUCUCCUCUACGACGGACAGGGUUCCGUGCACAACCACUGCAACUAUCACUGGGCUGUCGAGUGCGGUCCACGCAAGGCACUGCUUGAGCCAAUCAACGCACCUGGCUGCGAGUUCAAGUACGGCAUCUACCCUGAGAGCGCAGCUUGCAGCACCAACUACAUCAAGUGCGCAGACGCCGUGCCUUACCAGACGCCCUGUGAUCCAGGCCUCGCCUAUGACGCCAAAACACACAAGUGCAACUGGCCUGAUGAGUUGCUCGACACUUGUAACCCUGAAGCUGUAGUCGGAUUCAAAUGCCCUGAGAAACUGGACCCCCACUCUCCAUCAGCCAAGUUCUGGCCGUUCCCCCGGUUCCCCGUCCCCAACGACUGUGAGCGCCUCAUCACCUGCGUCAAGGGCUUCCCGCGGCUCAUCACCUGCGGUGACAACAAGGUCUUCGACGAGAACACUCUCACCUGCGAGGAACCCGAGAAUGUUCCCAGAUGCGCACACUUCAAGAGGAAGUAAGAGCGAAGAUCAGGAGCUGCAAAGUACACACCAUAAUGUACACCAAUAAAAAACCAUCAACAGUGUAAAUUGUAGCCCAUGUAAAAUAAAACACACAGCUAAAAUUUCUGAGAGUUUCUGUAAAUCGUUUUUGUAAUUCUUUUUAUAAAUAAAAAUUAUUUUUGUUUGAAUUGCA